GGUUGUUUUCCAGUGUUUCCAAACAAUACCGUUCUUGUUGGUCGCGAUGGGGCUAGAAAUCACAUCGCGUUUGAUGACCCCAUUGUCUCAAGAUGCCAACUAGAGAUCUUCUCCGUCGUUGCGGAUGACGAUUACCCACGCGGUCAUCCGCCUCUUGUGUUUGUUCGUGACCGGGGGUCAGCGAAUGGUACUUCUGUAAACGGUCGAAUCAUCGGAAAGGGGGUGACCCUCUCUCCGUCAAAACUACUGGAAGAAGGAGACAUCAUCACUGUCGGCACACAUCCCCAUCUGAGGCUGCAGUAUGCCGAAUCGACCAAUAUUCGCUCGUCGUACACACUCAGUCGUCUCCAACGCCAAGAAGUCAAGCUUUUUGAAGACCGUUACAUCGUCAGCAGCCGUACUAUUGGCAACGGUGGCUACUCUUUGGUCUUUCUAGCUUCUGAGGUCGACACUAGAAAACAUGUCGCGUGCAAAGUUCAUGACAUCAGCAGGUUCUCACCAACAGCCAAAGAAGUGACCAGAAUUCGCCAGGAAGCAACCCUGCUAAGCACACUAGACCAUCCAAAUAUUCUCCCCAUCAAGGCAACCUUUGAAACAGAGCAAACCAUAUAUGUCAUCACAGAACUAGCCACAGGAGGGGAUCUCUUCUCGCUCUUGAUGAGAUACAACACACUAGACGAAUGGGUGAUCAAAUCGAUCAUCCGACAAGUGCUCCUUGCCGUUGUUUACAUUCAUAGCAAAGGGGUGGCUCAUCGAGACAUCAAACCGGAGAAUAUCCUAUGCGGCGUGACACCUUCGGCGCCCUACCGUAUCAUGCUCUCCGACUUUGGGGCCUCGGGACUACCCGGUUCCAGGAGAUUGGAGUCUAAUGUUGGAACUCCUUUUUUUCGUCCACCGGAAUGUGACGCUCCGGGACGUGGCCAUGACACCUCUGUCGACAUCUGGGCCAUCGGCAUGCUCACAAUGCAGCUAGUACUCGGAAACAGGCAGUUUCCAGACCUUGAACCCGGUACGUUUAAAAGCCAGGGACAUAUCGACAAUUAUCUUAGCAUGCUCUUCUCGGAACUUGGCCCGCGAGGUUUGAUCUCCAACGCCGGCCAAAGCUUCAUCUGCGGCUGUCUUGUCUAUGAUAACGAGAAACGCCCAACUGCUCGCCAGGCUUUUUCUCACAAUUGGUUGCAACGGCCUUCUAGUGAUAGAGCAUUGUUCAAGCGGUUGGAGGCCGACAACGCGACGUCCUGGGCUCCCCAAAAAGUGAAGUUUCCGGUGAUCGAAACACUUGACCCGGAUACCGACCACAGCCAACACGGCCACGUACCUGCGAGCGAAAUAGGGAUGAGCGCGUUCUCGCGAUACUUCACGGCCGCGGAGCCAGGCAAUGCUCAGACAGUCCGGAAACCACCAAAAGAAUGA